AUGCCUACCCCAAUAAACAUUGACCACAUAGAUACCCAGGAGCGCUGCGCGGGCUCAUCACACCCGCUCAAGGCCAGGCACCAUGCUCCGCCUCCGCAGAUCGUCGCGUCGCCCGGCGUGCGCGACUUUUUCGCCAGCCGGCACAAGUCGCAAGUGUCGUCUUUCCUCAAGCCAAACUCCUCCUUCAUUGGGUCCCAGCAGUCCGGCCGGUCCACGUUUGAGGUCCGCGUGGACCUGAAAGAGGUGGACCUCAAGAGAUCGUAUCUGUGCGGCUACUUCACGAUCCACGGCCUGACGGAGUCGCAUCCCGAGUUCACCACGUUCUUCAAAGGAGAGAUCAUCGGCCCGCAUCACUCGUUCUACACGGAGAACGAGGAGUGGGGGUCCAACAAACGCAACGACCUCCAGCAUUGGAGCAGGUUCCCGUCCUGGAGAAGUCUGGACUUCGACCAGGACAACGACCUUGCCAACAAACACAUCUACGACACCGCACUGAACAACGAGCAUCUCUACAUGAGGUGGAAGGAGAUUUUUCUCGUUCCGGACGCCAGCGUGAAGAGCAUCAUGGGGGCCUCUUUCGAAGGGUUCUACUACAUCUGUUUCAACCAGCUCACGGGCUCGAUCUCGGGGCUCUACUUCCACCAGUCGUCGGGCCAGUUCCAGCAAUUGGAGCUUGCACAUGUUCCCGACGGUGGGGUGUUGCCCUCGUUCAGUUUCGCAUAA